AUGGCCAAAAAUGCCCGGGUUUCAACAUCAGUCGCUAUCUCUGCUUCAUCUUCACAAGCAGCUACAACUCCUACAUCUACUUCAGAGGCCAUCACAUCCCUAGUAACAUCAACACCAAAUGUCCCAUCAACAUCAGUAACGCCACAUACAAAUCCGACAACAAUCUCCUUAACAACUGGCUCCAUCUCAACACCAGCACAAUCAUCAACAUCAGAACCCAUCUCAACAUCACCUCUAACGUCCCAUUCAACAUCUCUAUCCACGGAAUCAAUAACCUUUAGCACACAGGCUUCAACAUCAGUCGCUAUCUCUGCUUCAUCUUCACAAGCAGCUACAACUCCUACAUCUACUUCAGAGGCCAUCACAUCCCUAGUAACAUCAACACCAAAUGUCCCAUCAACAUCAGUAACGCCACAUACAAAACCGACAACAAUCUCCUUAACAACUGGCUCCAUCUCAACACCAGCACAAUCAUCAACAUCAGAACCCAUCUCAACAUCACCUCUAACGUCCCAUUCAACAUCUCUAUUCACGGAAUCAAUAACCUUUAGCACACAGGCUUCAACAUCAGUCGCUAUCUCUGCUUCAUCUUCACAAGCAGCUACAACUCCUACAUCUACUUCAGAGGCCAUCACAUCCCUAGUAACAUCAACACCAAAUGUCCCAUCAACAUCAGUAACGCCACAUACAAAUCCGACAACAAUCUCCUUAACAACUGUUUCUUCUACGACGGCUACUUCGGCUCCAGCUACGUUUACAACAGCUGCCCAGACGACCUCUAGCUCGGCUACGGUUACAACAGCUGCCCAGACGACCUCUAGCUCCGCUCCAAGGGACCGGUCAGUGCCGGCUCUCCCACUGGCUCUUGCCAUGGUGCUCCUUUCUCGUCAAUGUCUGAACUUCGCAUAAAAGUGCGUAGUAUAUAAUGUGUAGACCAAUCAGAAAGCUGUGCUAGAAAGCUGUGCAGUUACGUGGCUACUGUGCCUAAGCAGCGUAUGAAGCGCAGACGAAAUUUCUGCUGAAUUGUGUUAUUAUUUUUCUUCUAUGCAUGUAUCUACUUUUAAUUUAUAAAAAAAUGUGUUCCAACUAAUAUUGUACUGUAUUUUAUGGCUGUGCUACAGCUACCUUCAAAAAAAAGCUUUGUCCCCACCGUCAUCACAGUGCUAAACAGCUUUGUCCCCACCGCCAUCACAGUGCUAAACAAACUGUAAUGCUGCCACCAUCACCUCAGUACUGCCUUGUAGACUUAUGUUUUUCACCUUGAUGUGUCUAGACUUAUGUUUUUCACUUUGAUGUGUCUAGACUUAAGUUUUUCACUUUGGGUGUCUUAAUGUGUGAUGUGUUCUUGGUGUUGAAUGUUUUUUGGGAUAUCCGAUAUAUGUCACUUGUUUUAUCUGUUAGAUGUUGUGUGGAUGGGAUAUAUGUCAAUGGGUGGAUGGGACAUACAUGUUACAUGUUAUAUGUGGUGUUGUGUUUAUAUGUGGUGUUGUACUAUGGAACAUGAAUGGAAAA